ACACACUUGGUCAAUGUUAUUUACUCCCACCAGCACGUUAUGCUUUCAAACACAUACACACAGGCUGAUACCUGCAUACGCACAUUCAAUUUUGAUUUUAGUGAUUGAGUAAAAUACGAGCUAUUAAUGGCGUGAUUAAAGAUAAAAAUAUUACUUCUACGCACGUGAAGUUAAAACAUCAUGAAUGAAGAAGUGGAAGCAAGCCUGCUCGUUAUUGUCCUUGACACCAAUCCAGGACAGAGACUGGUACGAGAACGCACACACAUCUUGACACAGUGUCUUGAGUCAGUGAUAGCAUUUGCGAAUUCUCAUUUAAUGCUCAAGUCAACAAACAAACUGGCUGUUUUGGCAUGCCACACCAGAUCCACUGAAUUUCUGUUCCCACCUCCUUCUGCAUGUGGCACACAAGUGGCAAUGCUUCGACAGCAGGAUGGGCAGUACGAAUUGUUUACCCACGUUGAGAAAACUAUUCGCCAGAACUUGCAACAGCUGGUGAUAAGAGAUGCAAGAAGUGGACCGAUAGGAUCAGUUUGUGAAUCCUUAUUGGCUGGAGCCCUUGCCAUGGCUCUGUGCUACAUUCACAGGUUGGAACAGGAGCUAUCUGCAGGAAGAAAAAUGAACUCUCGCAUCCUUGUUGUUACAGGAAGUGCAGACAGUGCGUCCCAGUACAUGAGUUAUAUGAAUGUGUUCUUCACUGCUCAGAAACAGAAUGUGACUCUUGAUGUAUGCAGCUUGGACCGAGACAUGGGUCUUUUGCAACAAGGCUGCGAUAUCACUGGUGGCCUCUAUCUUCGGAUUCCUCAACUGCAGGGACUGCUGCAGUACUUGCUGCAUGUCAUCCAGUGGGUGUUCCUUCCUGAGCCUACAAUCAGAAAGCAGCUGGUGCUGCCACCACCAGUUAAAGUUGACUACAGAGCUGCGUGCUUCUGUCAUCGAGAGCUCAUUGACAUCGGAUAUGUCUGUUCAGUCUGCUUGUCCAUUUUUUGCAAGUUCAGCCCAAUCUGUACAACAUGCCACACAGUGUUCAAAACUCCUGGGCCUUUGCCCACCAAGUCAAAGAAAAAGAAGAUAAAACUAAGUUGAAUGUAACUUUUUAUGUUUGUUUGCAUUAAAAUGAAAUUUUUGUUAUCAAUAAAUAAAUUGACCUCA